UUAAACGUUUUGUUUAUUGAAUUUGAAACUGUUUGGAGUUUGUGUAACAUGUCUGACCAGGAGUAUGAGCGCUUCGAGAUUACAGACUAUGACUUGGACAACGAGUUCAACAUAAACAGACCACGCCGACGUCAGACGAAGCAACAACAAAUCUAUGGUAUAUGGGCUGACGAUAGCGACAACGACAGCGAGGGUGAGCCAAGUGGACGCCGUGGACGUCGCGGACUGGGUGGCGGUGGUGCCAAGAAACCCAAAGAUUAUACGGCGCCGGUGAGUUUUGUAGCCGGUGGCAUACAACAAGCCGGCAAGAAGAAAAAAAAGGAGGGCGAGCAGGCAGGCAGCGAUGCUGAAAACAGCGAAAGUGAUGAUGAUGGCAGGCCAGCUUUUGGCAAGCAAGCUGCAUUGCAGGAUCGUAGCGAUGACAACAGCUCAGACAGCGAAGCGGAGCAAGCGCGCCAGACGUCAAGGUCUAUGCAGGCGACAGCUGGACUGCGACACAAAUCACACAUAGCGAGCAAUCGCAAUGUAGGCGCCUGGGAGCAGCACACACGCGGCAUAGGCGCCAAGCUACUGCUGCAGAUGGGUUAUGAGCCAGGCAAGGGAUUGGGCAAGGAUUUGCAAGGCAUCUCGCAGCCUGUGCAAGCGCAUGUGCGCAAAGGACGCGGUGCCAUUGGCGCAUAUGGACCAGAGACGGCGGCGAGUGUAGGCGGCCAACCAAAAGCUGUUAAAGUAGAUGAAGAUGUGCGUGAAGCCAAAGAGUUCAAGGAGCAGCUAAACAAAUGGAAAAAGGGUGAAGUGCGUGAGCGGCACACCAAGCGUUAUUACUACAAAUCCGUAGAGGAAGUUAUAGCCAAGGGCAAAAAGUCGGAUCACUUGCUAUCGGAGCAGCUGAGCAAGCGUUUAGGCAAUGUGCCAGUCAUCGAUAUGACUGGACCAGAAAAACGCGUUUUGAGCGGUUACCAUGCGCUGGCGCAGACUAAAAUAACACCAGAGGAAACACUGUACGAUGCGAAGUCAGGAGCGGAGCCUGCGCCUGUAAGCGUCUUUAGCAUGCCGGAGCUGACGCACAAUUUGGAGCUGCUGGUGUCGCAGUGUGAGCAGGAGAUUAUAGCCAUAGACAAGACCGAACGCGAAUGCUCCGAUCGUGAGGCAGCGCUGCUGCAUGAGCAGCGUCAGCUGGAGGAUCUGGUUCAGCUGGAGCGCAAUCAUAUGCAAACACUGGAGCAGGUGCUGUGCCGCAUGGAGCAGCUGAGCGAGCAGCCCGAAUUGACGCUAGCGCAGGCAGAGAAACUGUUCCUGGAGCUGCAACAUGACUAUGCCUCAGAGUAUUUAGAAUUUGCCUUGGCGGAUCUGGCAGCGGGCGUUAUAGCGCCGCUGCUGAAGCGUGAGCUUAACGACUGGCAGCCGUUAGUGCAGCCCACGCAGCCGCUGCAGCUCAUCAAACGCUGGCGCGGCAUACUCCAGCGUGAUGAGCAGCAGCUGAACAAUAAAGCGGAUCAGUCAGCACGUAAUGUAUUCGAUCCGUACAGCUCGCUCAUCUGGGUGGGCUUGAUACCCUCGUUUAGAAUCUGCGCUGCCAACUGGGAGCCCAAGGAGCAUGCCACCAUGGCUGCGCUGCUGGAUGCUUGGGCGCCGCUGUUGCCCAGCUGGGUGUUGGAUUCAGUGCUGGAGCAGCUGGUGCUGCCACGCUUGACCGCCGGCGUGCUCGACUGGGAUCCACUGACAGAUACAGUGCCCAUACACAGCUGGAUCUUGCCCUGGCAUGCCAUACUGGGCAGCAAGCUGGAAGAAACCAUUUACCCGCAGAUACGCAGCAAGCUGGGCGUUGCCUUACAGUCCUGGUCACCACAAGAUCGCUCGGCAUGCGCUAUGUUGACACCCUGGCAGUCAGCCUUUCCGCCCGAGCAGCUGCAGCUGCUGCUCCAACGCAGCAUUAUACCCAAACUGCAAGCAGUGCUCUCAGAGUUCAUCAUCAAUCCGCUGCAGCAGAAUCUGGAGCUGUGGCAACAGGUUUGGGAGUGGCAUGAGCUUAUACCUGCACCUCAUAUGGCCCAACUGCUGGACAAACAUUUCUUUCCACGCUGGAUGCAGGUGCUGGUGCUUUGGCUGAACCAAGCGCCGGACUUUGCGGAAAUCUCACGUUGGUAUGCCGGCUGGAAGAGCAUGUUGAGUGAGGCGGUGUUGUCCCAGCCGUGCAUCAAGGAGCAUCUGCGUCGUGCCUUGGAUAUGCUGCAUCGUGCCACGGAUGUGGUGCUGCAACCCACUACAGCGAUACCGCCGCCUCCCAUGCCACCGCCACCCGCUCCCCUGCUGAUUACUCCCAUGAUGCUGGUGGAUGUAGCACCGCCUGCUCAGCUGGAGUUCAAGGAGUUGGUCUCGCAAAAAUGCGCCGAACUUGGCAUCAUCUUUGCUCCACUGCCAGGCAGACGUGAGCUGGGCAAACAGAUCUAUCGCGUGGGCAAACUCUUUUGCUUUAUCGAUCGCAAUGUCUGCAUGAUCAGCGACAGCAGCUUGACCAACUGGCAGCCAUGUGGAGUCAAUCAGCUGCUGGAGCGCUCACAGACUGGACUCAUCUAGUACUUUACGCUAUAAACUGUGUCAACUAGUCCUAGUGUUAAUAUUAAGACAACAUUUAAUUUAAUU